CAUCAUUAAACAACAAAAGCAAUAAAGAUAAAGAAGAAAUAAAAUCACAUAAAUAAAAAAGCAUUUCUCGAGACAAUUAACACUUACCAACAUCAAGAAAUUUGAUCAAAGAUGGGGAAGACAGGCACAAGAUUGCCAAGCUUCUGCCUGAACAGGAUUAAGCCUCAUGCUAGGGUUCGUUCACCACCUGUACACCAACAAUCCAAGCCUAACAAUGCAAAUUCUGCUGCUAAAAAUGAUGAACAGAAGAGCAAGGAAAUUAAUAAUUCAGCAGCAUCAGAAAAUAAGUUGAGUACUGUUGUUGAAGAAGAGAAUAAUACUGAUAUUGGAGCGAUUAAGAGGAAAAUAAUGAUAGUUGUUGACUCAAGUUUUGAAGCUAAAGCUGCAUUACUUUGGGCUCUUUCUCAUACUGUUCAAACUAAUGAUCUUCUCAUUCUUCUUCAUGUUACCAACCCAUCUAGACAAGAAACAGCCACUGGUACUGAAGAGUCCACCAGCAAGGAGGCUCCUAGAGCUUAUGCACUUGUAAACUCAUUGAAGAGCAUGAGCCAGUUGAAAAGACCUGAGAUACAAAUUGAGACAACAGUGGUGGAAGGAAAGGAGAAAGGGGCAUUAAUAGUGGAAGAGGCCAAGAAACAAGGGGUGGCACUGUUGGUUCUUGGUCAAAGGAAGAGAUCAAUGACAUGGAGACUGAUAAUGAUGUGGGCAAGUAAUAAAGUGACAAGUGGCGCAGUUGAAUAUUGUAUUCAAAAUGCUGAUUGCAUGGCAAUUGCAAUUAGAAGGAAAAAUAAAAAACAUGGUGGCUAUUUAAUCACUACUAAACGUCAUAGAGAUUUCUGGCUUUUAGCUUAAUUGAUUAAAAAAAUUUAAUCAAUUUCACUUUUUCAAUUAUUUUUAUUGGACUUGUGGUGAUGUAUGAUUGUCCAUUUUUUUUCCUUUUUUAAUGUAAACAGUUUGCUUGUAAAUGAUAAAAGUGAAAAGGAAAUUGAGGAUGUGAAAUGGAAAAAAUAAUUAUUUUAUGUCAUAA